GUUCCAGCGGGAGCGCAUCAGAGGCUUCAUUAGAGAUCUGCAAACUUCCGCCGGCUGAAGAUGGGUCAAGUCACAGAGAAAGAAGUUUGCGUUUGAAAUUUCUGGAGACAACAGCGACGCCAAAGUGGAUCUCGUCUAUAACUGUUUGAUCUGGAUCGACGUUGUGACAGUGGCUGCUUGCGGCGGGAAAAAUAAUAAUAAUAAUAAGAAAUUAAAAUACAGCGUGCCUUUUAACGCUCUGAGAUAAAACGACCACAAUGUGUUUUUCAAUUUUUAGGCUGUGAACCUUUUUGUCUCCAUGUUCCCAUGUUUUCCUUUUUCCUUUUUAAUGUUCUGAAAAAUUCAAGAAUUUAAAAUCGGUCUAGUUGCUCUGAAACUGUGGGAAAGAAAAUCCUAUUUCAUCACGAUGGACAACACAGAUUGAAUUUAGUCAUUAAAUGGACUUCAAAUUCUUCUUUGAAGAGCAACGUCGGAAAGUAACAAGUUUGUGCAAGGAAGCGGGAAGGAGAUGACACCCAACCCUUUAUUCCUGGUCCUCAUUCUGUCGCUUACUAACAGCAGAGCAGAGAAUGCUGAGGAGCGGCUGGUGAACCACCUGCUGGGACCGGAGCGCUACAACAAGCUGAUCAGACCUGCGGUGAACAAGAGCCAACAGGUCACCAUCUCCAUACAGGUUUCUCUGUCGCAGCUCAUCAGUGUUAAUGAAAGGGAGCAGAUAAUGACCACCAAUGUGUGGCUGUUUCAGGAAUGGAAUGACUACAGACUGAGAUGGGACCCGGAAAAAUAUGAAGGCAUCAAAAAACUGCGAAUACCUUCCAAACUGAUCUGGCUUCCUGACAUAGUGCUUUACAACAAUGCCGACGGAGUGUAUGAAGUUUCCUUCUACUGCAACGCUGUGGUCUCCAACACGGGCGACAUCUUCUGGCUCCCCCCAGCCAUCUACAAGUCCGCAUGCUCCAUCGAGGUGCAGAACUUUCCCUUCGAUCAACAGAACUGCACGCUCAAGUUUCGCUCCUGGACGUACGACCACACAGAGGUGGACCUCAUCCUCACCAGCGAUUUCGCCAGCCGGGACGACUUCACGCCGAGCGGGGAGUGGGACAUCGUCUCGCUCCCGGCACGCAAAAACGAGGACCCCAGCGACAUCACGUACCUUGACAUCACUUACGAUUUCGUCAUCAAGAGGAAGCCUCUGUUUUACACCAUCAAUCUGAUCAUCCCGUGCGUGCUGAUCACGUCGUUGGCCAUCCUGGUGUUCUAUUUGCCUUCGGACUGCAGGGAGAAGAUGACGCUGUGCAUCUCGGUGCUGCUGGCCCUCACCGUGUUCCUGCUCCUGAUAUCAAAGAUAGUGCCACCCACCUCCCUGGCAGUGCCACUCAUAGGUAAAUACUUGAUGUUCACCAUGGUGCUGGUCACAUUCUCCACUGUCAGUACGGCCUGUGUCCUCAAUGUGCAUCACCGCUCCCCGUCUACUCACUACAUGCCAGACUGGGUCAAGCACCUCUUCUUGGUUCGCCUUGCAACCUUCCUGCUCAUGAGACGCCCGGGUUCCUCCAACGUCCACAAUAAACUCCGCAAAAGGCUCACCAGCAGGAAGGCCGUCAUUAAAAGCAGCUCCCACAGUGCCGCAGGCAGGAGGCAGCACACUGACGCCAGACUGGGAGGAAUCCCCACAGACUGCAACUCUUUCUACGUUAACGAGGAUUCGGCGUACAACUGCUGUUGGAAGAUGGGCGACGCCCGGGACUCCCCCGACUUUGGGAGGCCGACGGCGGCGCAGUUGGAUGCAGAGCUGGAAGAAGCAGUGGAUGGAGUGAAAUAUAUCGCUGAACACAUGAAGAUGGAAGGCGGCAAUGAAGGGAUCAUCGAGGACUGGAAGUACGUUGCCAUGGUGAUAGAUCGCCUCUUUCUCUGGAUCUUCAUCCUGGUGUGUGUGGUGGGAACUCUGGGACUCUUCAUGCAGCCUCUCUUCCAGAGCUACAACACGCCCACAGCUGAUGACACGGAAUAUGGAGAUUUCUAGGAUUUCUGUGGCACAGAAGAGAAAACAGUCAAAUCAGCAUCAAAAGAAGAAAAGAAGCUGAACACUUGUCAAACAUAAUUCAGCUGCUGCUGGUCUGAUCUGAUCUGAUGUGCAUUCAGCCUGAUCUGGGCAGCCUGCCACACUUUUUGAAUUUGCAACGUUGGACUUUAAAUGUGAACCAGUGUUUUGUGCGAGGAUUGAAGCUUGAUCACAUGUCCAAGAGCAAUGACAGAUUUUAUAACUCUUUUUCUGUCCAUUUGAUGAAUACACCUUCACCACUACUUUAGGACAGAUUUUGAUCAUUUUGAACCACUGUGAAAGUUUGGACUGGGUUCAAGUCAAAGACAGACUGGUAUAUUCACACUGUGGCACUUGUGAAGUCAUCUGCCUUCUGCUGCAUUAUGGAAACUCUCUGAACAUGUAGGCCUAUUAUUCACGGUAGAGGAUAAUUAUUUCUCCUCCACCCACUCCAUUCAAACCAAUAUUUAAUGACACAACAGGAACAUUGUGUCUUUUUCACCUUUCUUUCUUUAUUAUAAAGCUAUUAUUCCACCGUCCCCUUAGUGAGCUCUUCAUUUCCAUUGACUGUUCUACUUUGGAUGUUACUUGUUCUGCUGUUAUCUUCUGUCUCUGCGUUUUUCUUCUUUGGUUAUUUAUUUAUUUAUUUUUUUGUCUGUUAUUUUUUUUUUUUGUCUGUUAUUUUUUGUGAGAGGAUAUGUCAAAAAAACCUGUCAGACAAAAAGACGACUCGGGAAAACUUCCCCGAAAGACUACAUGACAAAAAGUGAUGUAAAAGCAGUGAAAGAGUGAUUGGUUGCAGCCACCAUAGCUACAGAGAAACGUGUCGGAAGCUGAUUUGUGACUUGGGAUUACUUUCUUCAGAUUGAACUGGUUUUUUUUCUCAAGGUGGAUGAAACCCAAUCAAGUUGGGUUUUUUUUUUUUUUUUUACCCAACAUUACAGAUUUCAGCCAGCGAGCUUAGGAAUGAGGGAUUUUAGCUAUCAGACUCAAUAAGACUGAAAGUAAAGAUCUAAACAAAAGUGAUGUGUCUGUCAUCUGACAGAGAUAGAAAGCCUGAAGGAUGGAGUGAGGGACUGCUGCCAAAUCAAGAUGUUUUAAAUCUACGAAAAGAAAGAAAGAAUGCUGAAGCUGAAACUACAGAAAUGUUUAUUUGACGUGUGCGCGGCACAUUUUUGUAACAAGUUGAUUGUGCAGGAUGUAGGUCACAUUAAAGACAGAAGAUGUUUUGAAAGGGCCUUGUCUAUUCCUUUUGUUUUUUUUUUUUACUUUUUGGAUUUAAACUGAGGGUAGCUACGCUUUUUGGAACGAUGCAAAUGUAC